GAAGGAGAGAAGCAGAGGAAGAGAAGCGAAGAUAGAAGGAACACAGUGAGGUGUGACUCAGAAGAAAGGAGAGAGAAGAAAGUGAGGCAGUAAGCAAAAAAGGAAAGGCAUAAAGAAAAGAUACACGGAAAGAAGAAAGAAAAACUUAAAUGAUACCAGGAAGGAACAGAAGUAGGACAUGAGGAAGAAAAGAAGCAAUGGGCAGAAAAGGGAGUUUAAAAACAGGACGGUCAGAAGGAAGGGAAGAAAUGGCACAAGGUGGGGAAAUUGGUACGUAAGAAAAGCAUGGAUGGAGAGAAAGCAGGAAGGACAAGGGAGGAAGAAGAAAGGACAGACGCAAAGGAAGAAUGGAGGGCGGAAGGAAAAGGACAACGGGAGGAAAAAAACAGAAGCUAGUUAGUGUAAUAGAAAUUGAAAUAUUUUUCAAAACUUAUAAUUUUUUGAAUAUUUUGCCAGACUUUGAAAACUCUGAAACAAAGUUCAAUGCUUCAUGUGAACUUGAUUUAUUUAUUUAUUUAUUUUGCCUCGAGCGCCAUCUUGUGUCAAAUGAGGAGAAUGCAGCCUACACUUCAAGUGUAUGUCAUUGUCAAUAAAGCAGCUAACGCUAGUACGCUAAAGUAAUGCACUUAGUGGAUUAGGAUGUUGAGACAAGCAUGGCGUUGGUCGGCGUUUAGAGACACUCGUGCGGGGACCGCACGCGUCGUGGCUGCGUCCUCCCUGGCAGCCGACAGUCCGCGGCGGAGCUCAGCUGGUCUCACGAGGGGUUUCCAAAACAUUCCCCAUCCACUGAGAGGCAGGUCACAGCUGCUCCUCCAACCACAGUCGGUGUCGGCCAGCUACCUCAGUCCGUCUGUGUUCCUGAGCAUGGCAUCAGGGAGUAGCCAUCCACCGUCCACUCAUCCCAAACACACAAACAGGUUGGCCAAUGAGCGGUCGCCAUACCUGUUACAACAUGCACACAACCCCGUCGACUGGUAUCCAUGGGGACAUGAGGCGUUUGAAAAGGCAAAAAGGGAAGACAAACCCAUCUUCUUAUCAGUGGGCUAUUCAACGUGCCAUUGGUGUCACGUUAUGGAGAGAGAGUCUUUCAAAGAUGAGGAGAUUGGAAAAAUCCUCAGUGACAACUUUGUCUGCAUCAAACUGGACAGAGAAGAGAGACCAGAUGUGGACAAGGUCUACAUGACCUUUGUGCAGGCAACAAGUGGUGGUGGAGGCUGGCCCAUGAGUGUGUGGUUAACUCCUGACCUUCGACCUUUUAUCGGAGGUACUUACUUCCCCCCGAGGGACCAAGGAAGAAGACCAGGCUUCAAGACAGUUCUGAUAAGAAUCAUUGAACAGUGGCAGAACAACCGAGCAACUUUAGAGUCCAAUGGUGAGAGGAUAAUCGACGCUCUAAAGAAAGGCACAACCAUCACUGCGAACCCAGGAGAAAGCCCUCCCUUGGCCCCAGACGUUGCUAAUCGCUGCUUCCAGCAGCUGGCCCACUCCUAUGAGGAAGAGUACGGAGGCUUUAAAGAUGCUCCAAAGUUCCCCUCACCAGUGAAUCUGAUGUUCCUCAUGUCUUAUUGGUCCGUGAAUUGCACCACGUCAGAGGGGGUCGAGGCACUCCAGAUGGCCUUGCACACACUCCGAAUGAUGGCACUGGGAGGCAUCCACGACCACAUUGCACAGGGUUUUCAUCGUUACUCCACGGACUCUUCGUGGCACGUUCCUCACUUUGAGAAGAUGCUGUAUGACCAGGCUCAGCUGGCUGUGGCUUACAUAACCGCUUUUCAGGUAUCAGGUGAGCAGUUCUACGCCGACGUGGCUAAGGACAUACUGUUGUACGUCUCCAGGGACCUGAGUGACAAGUCUGGAGGCUUUUACAGUGCAGAAGAUGCUGACUCCGUCCCAGCAUCAGGGGGGCUGGAGAAGCGAGAGGGAGCCUUCUGUGUGUGGACAGCCUCAGAAGUGCGGGAGCUCCUGCCUGAUGUGGUAGAGGGCGCGGUUGGAGCCGCCACGCUCGCAGACAUCUUUAUGCACCACUACGGAGUCAAGGAGCAAGGCAACGUUGCAGCCGAGCAGGAUCCACACGGGGAGCUGCAGGGGAAAAAUGUGCUGAUCGUCCGUUAUUCAGCGGAGCUAACAGCUGCUCACUUUGGCAUCACGUUUGAGAAAUUCAACAAACUCAUGACCUCAGCCAGAGGCAGAAUGGCAGAGGUGAGGCAGAUUCGCCCGAGACCCCACCUGGACACCAAGAUACUGGCUUCCUGGAAUGGCCUGAUACUGUCUGCCUUCGCUCGGGUUGGAGCCGUGCUGGGGAACGAGGUGCUGCUGGAGAGAGCGGUGCAAGCGGGAAACUUCCUGAAGGUGCACCUGUGGGACCCCGAUCAGCAGAACAUGUUCCGAUCUUGUUACCGCGGAGACCAGAUGGAGCUGGAACAGAUAUCCCCGCCUAUCUGCGGCUUCCUGGACGACUACGCCUUUGUCGUUUGUGGCCUGCUGGACCUGUACGAGGCCACGUUCCAGACGGAGUGGCUGCGGUGGGCCGAGGAGCUGCAGGCCCGGCAGGACGCGGUGUUCUGGGACAACCAGGGCGGAGGUUACUUCUGCAGCGAGCCCAGUGACGCCGCGGUUCUGCUGCGACUGAAGGAGGAUCAGGAUGGAGCAGAGCCCAGCGCCAACUCCGUCUCAGCUUCCAAUCUGCUGCGACUAUACCACUACACUGGAAGACAAGAGUGGCUCCAGAAGUCCCAGCAGCUGCUGGCAGCAUUCUCCGACCGGCUGACCAGUAUUCCCAUAGCUCUGCCUGAGAUGGUCCGGGCUCUCAUGGCCCAGCACUACACACUUAAACAGAUUGUGAUCUGCGGUCAGAGGGAGGCUUCGGACACCUCGGGGCUUCUUGCAGCAGUCAAUUCCCUCUUUUUACCGUUUAAGGUUGUGAUGCACACCGAUGGGAAUCCAGAGAGCUUCCUGUGCCAACGUCUGCCAGCGCUGUCCUCCAUGACCCAGCUGGACGGCGCCGCCACGGCCUACGUCUGCCAGGAUCUCACCUGCUCUCUGCCUGUCACCGAGCCCCAGGAACUGCGGCAGCUGCUCCUGGACGGAGCCAUGGCGCAGGAGGGCCACUGACUAUGGGAAGGACAAGACUGCAUCCUGCAAAAUCUGCUGCUUCCUGACUUUCCCCUCAGUGAAUGCCAAAGCUUUAGAAAGUUCUGGUGCAGUGCCUCGCAGACGUAACGAAAUAAAUUCCUCUUCCUGGUUUUCUUCCAGAAUUCAGCUUCUUGCCAUCGACUCCUGAGCAGCUUCCCUGAGCUGAAAGAAAAGCAGCCCCACAGGAUCAUGCUGCUAUUGCCAGGUUUUACAAUGAGGUGCAGUGAGUUCAGUGGCGGCUUUGACAUGUAGGUCCAAACGUUCAAUUUUAAACAAAACCACCCUCUUCACACUUGAAGUUUUUGCCUCUGCGGCCAGAACGUCAAAAUUUAAACUAAUCUUUCGGCCACAAAAUUUGUUAAAUAAAAAAAAAAAAAAAGCAAAAAUAAUUUCGGGAUUUUUUUUGUUUUUGUUU